UUUAAACUGGCGAUCUGUUUUAUAUUUGAUUAUUUUUAAUGAAAACCUUUAUGAUGUUUUAGGUUCCUUUUGAAUUCCGUAUCUUUCAAGUACUUUCCAGCUUUGAGGAGAAGAAAAUGACUCUGGACUGUGGAACUAGAAAGCAAACCAGCAAACUAGAAAAGAUUGAACCGGGGAUCUAAGAAUUUGAUGACUCAAAGGAAUUAGUGUGGAAUAUAAAUAGUUGAUGAAGAAAAUAUCGACAACUUCAAGGCAAAAUGAAGUUCCUUUUGCUGCUAGCAUUUGCUGGGCUCUGCGUGGCCCAGUAUGACCCUCACACCAAGCCUGGGAGGACAGCUAUUGUCCAUCUGUUUGAGUGGCGCUGGGUUGAUAUUGCUCUUGAAUGCGAGCGAUAUUUAGGCCCCAAAGGGUUUGGAGGGGUUCAGAUCUCUCCACCCAAUGAAAAUGUUAUUAUUAAUAAUCCUUCAAGACCUUGGUGGGAAAGAUACCAGCCAAUUAGCUACAAAUUAUGCACAAGGUCUGGAAAUGAAGAUGAAUUCAGAGACAUGGUGACUAGAUGUAACAACGUUGGUGUUCAUAUUUAUGUAGAUGCUGUGAUUAAUCAUAUGUGUGGCAAUGGUGUGGCCGCAGGAACUAGCAGUACUUGUGGCAGCUACUUCAACCCUGGAAGCAGAGAUUUUCCCGCUGUCCCGUACUCUGGUUGGGACUUUAACGAUGGCAAAUGUAGAACUGGAAGUGGAGACAUUGAGAGCUAUAAUGAUGCGCAUCAGGUCAGAGAUUGCCGUCUGGUUGGUCUUCUUGAUCUUGCACUGGAGAAAGACUAUGUGCGUUCCAAAGUUGCUGAAUAUCUGAAUCAUCUCAUUGAUAUCGGUGUAGCUGGGUUCAGGAUUGAUGCUUCUAAGCAUAUGUGGCCUGGAGACAUGAAAGCAGUGUUGGAUAAACUGCAUAAUCUAAAUACAAGGUGGUUUGCCGAAGGAAGUAAACCUUUCAUUUACCAAGAGGUUAUUGAUCUUGGUGGUGAGGCAAUUUCAAGCAGUGAAUACUUUGGAAAUGGCCGUGUGACAGAAUUCAAGUAUGGUGCUAAGCUUGGCAAAGUUCUACGCAAGUGGGAUGGAGAGAAGAUGGCUUACCUAAGGAACUGGGGAGAAGGCUGGGGUUUUAUGCCCUCUGACAGAGCCCUUGUCUUUGUGGAUAACCACGACAAUCAGCGAGGACAUGGAGCUGGGGGAGCAUCUAUUCUUACAUUCUGGGACUCUAGAUUGUACAAAAUGGGAGUUGGAUUUAUGCUUGCCCAUCCUUAUGGAUUUACAAGAGUAAUGUCAAGCUUCCGUUGGCCAAGACACUUUGAGAAUGGAAGAGAUAUCAAUGACUGGGUUGGACCACCUAAUGACAAUGGAGUAAUUAAGGCAGUUACCAUUAAUCCAGACACUACAUGUGGCAACGACUGGGUCUGUGAACACAGAUGGCGUCAAAUAAGGAACAUGGUUAUGUUCCGUAAUGUAGUUGAUGGCCAGCCUUUUACAAAUUGGUGGGAUAAUGGUAGCAACCAAGUCGCUUUUGGAAGAGGAAAUAAAGGAUUCAUUGUUUUUAAUAAUGAUGACUGGCCUUUGUCUCUGACUUUGCAAACUGGUCUUCCUGCUGGAACAUACUGUGAUGUUAUUUCUGGAGAUAAAAUUGGUGACAAGUGUACUGGAAUUAAGAUCUAUGUUUCCGGUGAUGGUAACGCUCACUUUUCCAUUAGUAACACAGCUGAAGAUCCAUUUAUUGCAAUUCAUGCUGAAUCUAAAUUGUAAAAAUUUUAAUUAAAAGCAUAUAUGCAGAG